AUGAACUCCGAACGCCAGCCCCGAAUACCCUUCAGCAUCGCAGACAUUCUAGGCCCUCGCAUGGUCCCCCGAGCACCCACUGCGCCACAGCUUCCAGAAUCCUGCCCGGAUCCGACGUCGCCGCUGUGCGCCCUGGAGGAGCUGACCAGUAAAACUUUCCGCGGACUUGACGGGCGCGCUUCACAGCCCUUUGAAGGCAGGGCCGCUCCAGACGCCUUGGGCCCGGCCCCUGCCGGCCGCAGACGACGCAAGUCACGGACAGCCUUCACUGCGCAGCAGGUGCUGGAGCUGGAGAGGCGGUUCGUCUUCCAAAAGUACUUGGCACCUUCAGAGCGCGACGGACUGGCUGCGCGACUCGGCCUGGCCAACGCACAGGUUGUUACUUGGUUUCAAAACCGCCGUGCCAAGCUUAAGCGCGAUGUGGAGGAGAUGCGCGCGGACGUGGCCUCGCUACGCACAUUGUCCCCAGGAGUCUUGUGCAGCCUGGCGCUGCCUCAGGAUUCUCAAAGCCCUGGCCCCAACUCCAGCCCCUACUCUGUUGGGCCUAACUCCGGGUCCCACCUAUCAGACGAAGAAAUACAGGUGGAUGAUUGA